AUGGCCAGAAGUCUGUCCGGAUUUCUGGCUCCGAUCGUCGCGGUGGCUUUGAUCUGCUGCUCAUUCGCCGCCGCUGCUUCAAUCUUCCAGCCCAUCUCCGAAUCUCACCGAUCUGCCGCAAUAGAGACCUUCGCCAGAUCCUAUGGCAGCCUAGAAGAAACGUACGAGGCAUUGCAAACAUUUGACGUUCUUGGGGUCGAGAGAAAGCCCGAUGUAGGAACGGCAGCUUGCCAGUCUGUUUCGCAGACCCUGGCUUCAUCGUCCUCGACUUUGAAAGAUAUAUUCUAUGCUUUGAAAGUCAAUGGAGUUUUGAAGUGCGAGGUGGAUACAGACAGUGUAGAGGGAAUUGUUUCCACACUUCAAACUGCGGUGGGCAGUGCCAGCUCAUUGCUCGAAUUCUAUCAUUCAAUUGGGGGUUUGGUACUUGUCAAGAAUCAAGCUUUAAAAGAUGAUCUUUAUCUUGCUGAUGCUGAAGGGGUAUUUCGUUCCAUCAAGGCUUUAAGUCAGAGUGAUGGAAGGUGGCGAUACAGUUCCAGUAAUCCCGAGUCUAGCACUUAUGCUGCAGGUUCAGCCCUUGAAGCACUAGCUGGAGUGAUCUCGUUAUCAUCUUCCGAGAUCGAUCAGUCCCUGAUUGGCACAACGAAAAAUGAUAUACUGAAGCUUUUUGAGCGUGUUGAGAAGUAUGAUGAUGGAGCAGUUUAUUUUGAUGGGGAAGAGAGUGACGCUCAUGGGAAUCAAGGCCCUAUUACAUCUACGUGGUCUGUUGUUACAGGCAUAACAUCGUUUGCAGCAGUGACUUCUGGAAACCUAAAUCUUCCAGGGGAAAAGAUACUGGGAUUAGCUAAAUUUUUCCUUGGAGUUGGGAUCCCUGGUGAUGCGAAAGAUUUUUUCAACCAAGUAGACUCCUUGGCUUGCUUGGAGAACAAUAGGGUUGCUAUCCCGCUAAUUCUAUCACUUCCAGCCACUGUGAAUUCAUUGACGAGGAAAGACACACUCAAGGUUAAGGUCAGUACUGUACUUGGUUCUGAUGCACCUCCUCUGAAGAUAAAGCUUGUAAGAGCUAAAGAUACUCCUGCAAUUGAAAGCCAGGAGCUCAAGUUUGAUUCCGCGAACAAGGUGCAUGUGUUGGACACUUUGGAAAAAAGUGUUGAUGUGGGCAAUUACAUUUUUGUUUUCGAGAUUGUGUUUAAUGAUCCGGAGCAUAAGAAAGCUUAUGCUGUGGAAAGUAAAACUGAGGUUCCGAUUUUCUUAACUGGAGCUGUUAAAGUUGGAAAUGCAAAGAUUGCAGUUCUUGAUAGUGAUCUUGGGAGCAUUGAAACGCAGAAUCUGGAUUUUGCUGGAGAGAAUCUUGUGUCGUUGGGAGCUAAUCAUCUCCAGAAGUUGAAGCUGCGUUUUCAAUUGACUACCCCCCUUGGCCAUCCUUUCAAGCCACAUCAGGCAAUUUUGAAGCUGACUCACGAGAGCAAGGUGGAUCAUGUCUUUGUGGUUGGAAACACUGGCAAGCAGUUUGAGAUAGUUCUGGAUUUCCUUGGACUCGUGGAUAAAUUUUACUAUCUAUCUGGUAAAUAUGAAAUUCAGCUCACUGUUGGAGAUGCUGUCAUGGAGAACUCCUUCUUUAGAGUUAUUGGACAUCUUGACCUUGAUCUACCGGAAGCACCCGAGAAGGCACCCCGACCUCCUGUGCAGCCUGCUGAUGCAUACUCAAGAUAUGGACCUAAAGCUGAGAUAGCCCAUAUAUUUAGAGCUCCAGAAAAGCGUCCUCCUCAAGAGCUCUCUUUGGCUUUCUUAGGACUCACAGUUUUGCCUCUCUUGGGGUUCAUAAUUGGGCUUUUACGUUUGGGAGUAAACCUGAAGAAUUUCCCUUCUGCGGCGGCACCUGCCGCAUUUGCUGCACUUUUCCAUGUGGGCAUCGGAUCUGUUCUUUUGCUCUAUGUUUUCUUCUGGCUGAAGUUGGAUCUGUUCACGACGCUGAAAAUACUUGGGUUCUUGGGAGUGUUCCUGCUGUUUGUCGGACACAGAACUCUUUCCCACCUAGCGUCGACAUCAUCCAAGGUGAAAUCUGCAUGA